UCUUGCGCAUCAGCUGUUGUCGGACUGUGAUUGUAUGAUGGUUGCGCCGCAGUGAAACAGUUGGCCGGAACCAGUCCACGCUUCCAGCACCAUGAACCCCGAGAGCCGGUGUCUGAAGUUUGUUAUUUUGGCAGCACUUCAGGCUCUGACCGUCUCUUUGUCGGUGGGUGACAGGGUGCUCUCCAGAUCCGUGGAAGGGAGUCUUUUGAGCACGACUGUUCAGCACAGACCAAAGCAGAAACACUAUGGGACCACAGUACCUCUUCAGCUCGUUGGACAAGACUGGAAACCAAUCAGCCAGCUCACAUCUCAGAGUCACCCUGCAUCGCUGAAGCUCCUGAUUGAGGCGGAAGGUGAGCAGCUGCUCCUGGCUCUGGAGAAAAAUGAGGGGCUGUUUGCGAGUAACUAUACAGAAACCCAUUACCUGGAAGAUGGCAGCGCGGUCACAGGCCCUCCCAACUUCACGGCAAACUGCUACUACCACGGUGAGGUGGAGGGUCAUGUCAACUCGGAUGUCAGCCUCAGUACCUGCGCUGGGAUUAAGGGUUUUAUAUCUCUUGGAGGCAGAUCUUUCGUCCUGGAACCGUGUGCCGAUCACUCUGAUGGGACUCACUGGAUCUACACAGCUGAACACCUCAAGUUUGCUCCUGGCACCUGCGGCCACGAUUUCAACAUAUCCUAUCCCACUUCGCAUGCAGACGGCGGUCCGUUCAGGGCCUUCAGCACAAGGCACAAGCGCCACGUCCAGACCACAACCAAGUACGUGGAGCUGAUCAUCGUGGCCGACAACAGAGAGUUUCAGAAGCAAGGCAAGGACAUGGAGAAGGUCAAGCAGCGGCUGGCUGAGAUCGCCAAUUACGUGGACAAGUUCUACAGGGCUCUGAACAUCCGUGUGGCUCUGGUGGGCCUGGAGGUGUGGAGCGACGUGGACAAGUGUCCCAUCACCCAGGACCCCUUCACCACUUUGCACGAAUUCCUCGACUGGAGGAAGGUGAAGCUGCUGCCUCAGAAGCCACACGACAACGCCCAGCUCAUCAGCGGGGUGUAUUUCCAGGGCACCACCAUCGGCAUGGCGCCCAUCAUGAGCAUGUGCACGGCGGAGCAGUCGGGAGGAAUCGUAAUGGACCACUCCGACAACCCGCUGGGCGCUGCAGUCACUCUGGCUCAUGAACUUGGACACAACUUUGGAAUGAACCACGACACGCCAGAACGGGGGUGCGGGUGCAGAGUGACGGUGGACCGUGGAGGCUGCAUCAUGACUCCCUCCACUGGGUAUCCGUUCCCCACCGUGUUCAGCAGCUGCAGCAAGAAGGACCUGACGGCGAGUUUUGAGAAAGGCGUGGGGAUGUGUCUCUUCAACAUGCCGGAGGUCAAGGUGCUCUACGGCGGGCAGAAGUGUGGCAACGGCUACGUGGAGGAGGGAGAGGAGUGUGACUGCGGAGAGCUGGAGGAAUGUAUCAACCCGUGCUGCAACGCGACUACCUGCACUCUGAAAGGGGAUGCUGUCUGCGCACACGGACAGUGCUGCCAGGACUGUCAGCUGAAGCCGGCAGGCACGCCAUGCCGCGAAUCCAGCAACUCCUGCGACCUGCCAGAGUUUUGCACCGGCACCAGCCCUCACUGCCCCUCCAACGUCUACCUGCACGACGGCCACGCCUGCCAGAACGUGGACGGCUACUGUUACAACGGCAUUUGCCAGACUCACGAGCAGCAGUGCAUCACGCUGUGGGGCCAAGGAGCCAAGCCAGCUCCGGGCAUCUGCUUUGAAAGGGUCAACUCGGCAGGAGACCCUUAUGGCAACUGUGGCAAGGAUUCGAAAGGGUCCUUUGCCAAAUGUGACGCACGGGAUGCUAAAUGUGGCAAAAUCCAGUGUCAGGGAGGAGCCAACCGCCCGGUGAUUGGUACCAACGCUGUUUCCAUAGAAACAAACAUCCCCCUGCAGGAAGGGGGAAGGAUUCUGUGCCGAGGCACGCACGUCUACUUGGGUGACGACAUGCCCGACCCCGGCCUCGUUCUGACGGGGACCAAGUGUGCGGAUGGAAUGAUGUGUCUGAAUCGUCAGUGCCAGAACGUCAGUGUUUUCGGCGUGCACGAGUGCUCAGCCAAGUGCAGCAGUCGAGGGGUUUGCAACAACAACAAGAACUGUCACUGCGAGGCUCACUGGGCGCCUCCCUUCUGUGACAAGGCGGGUUUUGGAGGCAGCGUGGACAGCGGCCCCAUCCGACUGGCAGGCAGCGGGACUCUGACGGUGGGCAUCCUGGUGGCUCUGCUCACUGUCCUGGGAGCUGCUCUCAUCAUCUGCAUCAAGAGGAAAACUCUGCUGGGCCUGUUGUUCACCAGCAAGAAGAACCCCAUGGAGAAGCUCAGAUCAGUGAGCGGACCGGCGGCUCCGAACCAGCCUCCUCCGGCGAGCACGACGUCGCCGUCUCGACCGGCGCCGCCCCUGCCGCACGGUGCCACCAUCUUCAAGCCUCCUCACCGGGGGCCAGACUCGGGGCUCCCGCCGGCCCCCUAUCCUGCCCACAGCCUGCGCCGGCUGCCCCAGUGCCCUCCGGUUCACCUCAGCCACCCGGUGCCCCUGUCCCUCACCCUGUCCCUGUCCCCGGGUCCAGCUCAGCCGAGACCCCCGGUGCCGCCGCCCCACCGGGCCCCUCCGCCCCACAUCCACGUGGCGUCCAGGGGGGCGUCGUUCCGCAGUGCGUCACACCACAACUCCUGCAGGAUGGUCAUGGAGCUGGAGAAGCCCAGCCCUCCUCAGAAACCUCUACCUGCCGAUCCGAGGACCUCUCGGAUGGCGCGAAGUCCCUCCGUGGUGCAGGGCCACACGGUAAUCCAAGCUCCAAUCCUCGGUGUGCCCAGACCGGUGCUGCGGCCCGUCCCCCACCCCAACAGGUCGAAUCCCAAGCAGCCUCCAACUCUACCAAAGCCUUGCAUAAUCGCCAACGUCAAGUACAGCAGCUGAGACUUUGGCCAGGAGGGACAUUGUUGUGAUGAAGACACACAGACACACACAAUAAAAAAGAGAGACUAUUUUGCACUAUGAAAACUCUGACAACCUUAAAAAAAACAAGGAAAAAAAGGUGGUGGCUUCUCUGAGUUUUUGAAUCAGCAGAUCUGCCGUGUCCCUUUGGUGCUCUGCCUCUGAAUGGUGCUACGAGUCUGAGCUCAGGUACAUGUAAAGUAUUUAUAUUGUGUAUUUAUUGCCACGCAGUGCACUGUGCCAGACACUUUUACUACACGGUAGCAACUUUGAAUUAUUUUUUUGAUUAGUUCUUUUUUUUUUUCUUCUUCAUAUCAGCUGAUUUAUGAAGGAGACUUUUAA